AUGAACGAUCUCCAAAUUCAACGGGGUGAAUUGAUUGCCCUGGACGGACCAAACAGCCCAGAGUAUAUUAUGAUACUCAUUGCAAUCAGUGCAAUUGGGGCCAGCGCUGCAUAUAUCAAUAACAAUCUAACCGCUAAUCCCCUGGUUCAUUCGGUCAAGCUUUGCGAGGCCCGAUAUCUUUUGGCCGAUAGUGAAGUUAGAUCACUUGUCGAGCCGUAUGAUGGAGAGAUGCGGGAAGCAGGAGUACAAACGGUCUUCUUUAAUGAAUUACUCAUCUCCAACCUUUCCAACACGAAACCGAUUCCACUCACUAGAAGAAAAGGCAUCAACCCAAGCGCAACACUUCGAUUGAUUUACACCUCUGGAACAACAGGGCUGCCAAAAGGCGUUAAGCAGAGCUAUGGAAAAGAGCUGCUAGCAGCUGAAAAGAUUAGCAAACACUUGAGCCUCAAACCUGGUUAUGUCGGAGAGCUGGCACGAUAUUUACUGAAUGCACCACCAUCUUUAUUGGACAAGCAGCACAACGUCCAUAUGGCAUGGGGCAAUGGUAUUCGGCCAGAUGUAUGGGAGCCUUUUCGACAAAGAUUUGGCAUUGAAACUAUCAAUGAAAUAUAUGGAGCAACUGAUGGAUAUGGAACAACAUGGAACAAGAAUCGCGGUUCCUUUGGGGCAACAGCAGUCAGUGUUCGCGGCCCACUAUGGCACUUUUGGAAUGGGGCUAGAGAGAAGAGAGUCCUCAUUGAUGUUGAUAGCGAAGACAUUUUGAGGGGCACGAAUGGCUUUGCCAUAGAAUGUAAGCCGGGAGAGCCUGGCGAGUGCAUUCACAAAAUUGAUCCCGACUCGGAGGCUCUCGUAUUCUCAAAGUACUAUAAAGAUAAAGCUGCAGGAAGCAAGCUGAAAAUGUUUCAACAAAUCAAGUUGGUGAAGUACUUGGAGGUUUUGAUCAAAUACAAGAGGCGAACGUAUAUGGGGUUCUGGUUCCACAUUCUGAUGGAAGAGCAGGGUGCGCAGCAAUCGUACUUGCGCCAGGUGUGA